CAUUAAUAUAAAGCAGUGGAGUAAAUACGAUCGUUUCAUAGAAUAAUGCAACUGAACGAACCCAGCGAAGCAUCACCAGCACCCCCAGGGCAGUAUUUCUGAUCUCCACUUCACGGCAAGGGACGGAUGGCAGGCGGCGAGAAUGUCAAGUGUGACCAGGCUUUACAGGGAGACUGGUUCGUCUCUGAGCUCACCCAAAAGGCGCCAGGCCAGAAAUUCCGGAGUACAAGUCGUCCUGAGCGGGAGGGCAAUGGAAGAAUUCCUCCGUGGUCCUGAUGGGAUCGCAGCGAGGAUGGCGCGGCAGCGACAGCGAGCAGAGGCAACCCAGUCUGGACUAGUCCCUGAGAGGAGGGUUUCCCCAGAACCUACAGCUCAAGCCAGGUACGUAGCAUGGAAGGAGAAAGAGGAUUCCCACGCGUGGACAGCGUUGUUAGCCGCAGCUUCCAGACAACACUGUGGAGAGCAGAGGCAGCUCAGCUGGAGUCGGCCAGCACCUGGGGCCCAGGUUUAGAUUUGGCAUCACUAACUGAUGCUUCUCCGCCCUACCAUGCCUGCACCUCCCAUAGCUGAUAGCUGAGAGGUCUUCUGGUCCCUCGCUGAGCUCACACACCUCUCCCUGGUUAUCCAGAAACCUUAGAACUGAGAUAAGUCUCCAGCAGAUGGGACCCUUCCCUCCCCGUAGAAAACGGAGCCAACACACACAGGAGAACCUGUGGCCUCUCUAAGGAACCUGUGUGCUUGCCUGGCUCAGGAUUCAGAGCAUCUAACUCCCAGUGUGAACUUAAGUAAGGUGAUGGAUGGGCAUGCCAUGCCCCAGGAGCGUCAGGCUAUCCAGAGCCUCCCAAAACACCAUGCUCACCUCCUGGUUACAGUCUAGAGGGUGAUGCCCAUAUGCUUGAAAUAUAGAGACCUCACUCCAGAUGGCCCUUCUCCUUUAUCCUCUUUUUUCCCUUCCUCCCUCUCUCUCUCUCAUUUCCCUCCCCCUUCCCCCACCUUUUUUCUCUUGGCCUAGUCUUCUCUAUCCAGGGGAGCUCAAGUCUCUCAAGACUCAGAUUUAGUCUUGGAGAGUUAACCCUUAAACUGUGUAGGUUAUUCAUUCAAAACAAAACGGACUGGAACAAUAAAGGUUGGCUGUACAGCUAUGCAAAUAAAGCUUUAUGUUGUAAGCACUUGUUCUCUGUGGAUGACUUGCCAUCUCAGGAAAGUUUCAAAACACACUGAAUACAUAUUUUGAACGUGUGCUUUCUGUAAGUAAAAAUAGUUUGCUUUACAUUUUACACAAGUGUAGUUUGAAGGUGCAGAGGGAAUAGGGUUUUAUCACUGCUUCCAAACCACUCACAUACACACUCUUACUGGUUCUGCGUAAUUUUCAAAUCCUGUUCUUCUGAGUUAAAGGAGUUCUAGAACAGAAUUUGAAGGCCUGGAAGCCAUGUACUAAGGGAGAGUUGUUUUGGAAUAAAUUAACCCUCACGAAAUGCUGUUUGGAGAACUAUUUAGUUUUAUUGGAUUUUUUUUUUUUCACUUUUGGACACAAGUUACUGAUAAAUGACCUGGAGGGGAGUAAAAGUGCUUUGCAAUUAAAUAAUAAAAACAACAUUUUUAAGCAA